ACAAGCCAACUACAUUUUUCUCCCACUUCUCUCUACUUUCUCUCUCUAUACUUCUUUUCUUCUACUCUUCUAGAGAUGGAGCGCCUGCUUCCUCAAGGUCAUGACUGAUGCACCAAACCCCUUGGAUCCGAGUGACCCUCCGUCGCUCGGGCUCAAACAAUUUUAUAAGGGAAAAUUCAGCUGAUAUUAUCUUUUGGUGGGUUUUUCCAAACCCGACAAAGAGAGUAAUGGGUUUGGUUCAAUUUUUUAUUUUAUGUAUUUACACCGAAGGAUUCUUGUGUUUCUUGCCAAACAAACUUGCGAUUUUUGGAAGAGGUUGCUCUCUUUCUUGAUUUGAUCUAGUAGAGGUGGUUUUGCAAGUUAGGGCCUCAAUUCGUUUACUCCAGUGGAGGUUAGGCACCCGCCGGGUAUUCAGACUGAGAGGGUUUGAAGACCUUUAGUUGAGACUUCAGAUUGAAUAAGAACCUUCCGUAGUAUAACUAUCAUUAUAUAUGAACUUGGUGAAUUACAAUUUGCUUUAACUGCAAUCUAGGGGGAACCUUAUCCAGGUGACUUCUCUCGAACUUGAAUCACAACUUUACUGCUUUGUGUUUGCUUAGGUUAGAUAUAACUUCACUUCGUUUAAACUGCUAGAUAACAAGAACCUCACGGAGUAGUCAUCACAUCUAGGACCCGGGUUGACAAAUAAAGCUAAACCCGCUAUAUUACACAUUAGUUUGUGGUUACACCUGGCCACAAGAUCAAGGACGCAACCAAUUUGGAGAAGGAGUUGGCGUCGCAUACGUAAACCAGCUUGCAUGGCUGGCCAUUUUGGAUUUUUGGUUUAUUAAAUUAUGUUUUCUUUUCCUAAUCCCUUUUGGGAAGGGCUAGUCGGCUGUAGUAUUUAAGAGGUAUGUAAACGUUAAACUUGGACAUCUUUUACUUUAAUCAAACUACUAAACCUUAGGGUUUGUUUUCGAUGGAUUCUGGAGUUUUCAACGUGAGUUUGUGGCUUGCAAGCUCUUUCUUUUCCGGCGGAUUUAGCGUUUGCGAAUCCUUGGUGUUUCCGACUGCGUCAGGUGGUAUCAGAGUAGGCUUUUCCCUGUCUCUUUUCGAGCUUGGACAACUACGUUGGCGACUCAAGUGAACGCCAUCAAUGAAGGGAGGAAUAGAGAUAGGUGAAACCAUCAGCAAAGGCGACUACGCGGCGACAUACGUGGUCAGACUGACUCCGACACUAGUUCAGAGGAAGAGGUCCAGGACGACGAAGAAGAUGAUGAACAUCAGCGAGACCGCAAUGACUAUCGAGUCAAGGCAGAUAUUCCGUUGUUCUAUGGAACGAUGGGGGUCGAGGAGUUUCUGGAUUGGCAAAUUGAAGUCAAUAGGUUUUUCGACGUGAUGGAAGUACCCGAGGGAAAGCAAGUUAAGCUAGUAGCUAUUCGGCUGAAGAGCACGGCUGCGGUAUGGUGGGAUAAGCUGGUUGCCCAAAGGCAACGACAGAGGAAGGAACCGAUUCGAACCUGGAGGCGGAUGAAGCAACUAAUGCUUGAGCGAUUUCUCCCUGAGGAUUAUGAGAAAAUUCUUUACAAAAUGUAUAUUGAUUGUGUUCAGGGAGGAGGAGUGUCACCGAAUACGCCACCGAGUUCUUGCGCUUUUUCGAACGCAAUGAACUAAGGGAAACAUAAGCUCAGAAGGUAGCCCGCUACAUCAAUGGUUUGAAGAGAUCCAUCCAGAAGAAGAUAGAGUUACAAACUGUCUGGACGGUGGUGGAGGCUUCUACGCUAACAUUAAAAGCGGAACUAAUGGAGAAGUCUCCCAGGAACUUCCCACCCUUCCGCAGAUUUCCUUCACCGGGACAGCCCGAAGUAAUGAUGGAGAAGGAGAAGGGUAUUAACCCAAAGGAGAGCAACCCGCCUCCACCAAAAGGGCCUAACGCGGCUGGUACCUCCAACCCUAACAGGGUUCCGACCUAGAGAGCUAUUAACCCCUACGCCAAAGCAACGGGAGAUAAAUGCUACCGUUGUGGGGGCCAGGGACACCGUUAGAAUGUGUGCCCAUCGUGGAAAAUGGUUGCUGUCAUAGAUGAAGCGUCCAACCACGUUGAGAAUUCCGAAGAAGAAGGGGAAACUGAUGAGUAUGUCGGGGCUGAAUUUGCGGAGGAGGAGUCCAAAGAUGUAGUGAACAUCAUCCUGCAGCGAGUUCUACUUUCUGCGACCGACGAGGGGCAGCGGAAAAAUCUUUUACGCACACAAUACUCUAUUAAUAAUAAGGUAUGCAUUAGGGAUGUCAAUGGGUCGGGUUGGGUCGGGUUUUAUCAAACCCAAAUCCAUGGGUUGAUCCGUGAAAAAACCCGGGGUAAAACCCACUGGGUUUGAAAAACUCAAACCCAACCCAACCCUCUGGGUAUUCGCGGGUUCAUGGGUACCCACAGGUUUUUGUCGUAAAAAUUUACAAUAACAAGUUCCUAUCAAAAUUAAAGUCAAAUAUCAAUCUCGCAAUACAAAUUAUCCAUAUAUAAAACAUCAUUCUAGAAAAUUCAAGCAAAUCACAAAUUAACUCUACAAAUUGUUCAACAACAAUCUAGAAAACUCAAGAAAAUUGAAGCCAAUCACAAAUUAUCCAUAAAUAACAUGAUUAAUUGAAA